ACGGGUUGUUCAUUAAUGAAGCCGUGGUGGAUGGCCAACAGCUGCGCUUGAGCCUCGGGAAUGUUCCCGUUACGCACUGCGAACUGACCAAUGAAGCUCCCACUCUAUGGCCGUUAGCAUCGUGACAAAGAACGCCGGUCCCGACGUUCUGACGGGGUCCAUUCAGCUUGCUACCUGGGUACGCGCUCAUUUCCGACACCUAGAGAUAGCCCGAGAUUCGCUGCGAGCCAUAAGGGGUAGCGCACAAGAGGAUACGAAUACGUUACCACUACCCGCUCUACCACUUGUAUCCGCGUUCGGCAGUAAGUGGCGUGCCGAUGUUGCUACUCGCCGAGAGGGCAAGACGUUUGUCUAUCAUAGUAUUUUCAUCGGCGACUCCCACACACUCGCCGGCUGUUACCAGAUCUCAACGGCUAUACGUCGCCUAGCGGAUUGGGCAGUUGCCGACUUGGCAAAAUGGUGGUUGGAUGCUCUCAAAGGGGAAUUAUAGUUAAGGUUAAGUCUUCCUUUGGCUUCUAUAUAGGUAUGUUGUUUAUACUGAUACCGGAACGGGCGCAAUCAUUCUGGGUGCUCCACAUUGUGGGGUACCCCGGUCCUGUAGAUUAGAUAAGGCCCAACUGCGUGGAAUAUCUUCCACGCAGACAAGCCACCCUCUUCUUAAUUCAUCAUCCUUCUUCUUA